AUGGGAUUAGUAAGUAGUAUAGUUGGGAUACUGAUAUUUUGUAAUUCAGCAGCAUUUGCACAUAGUCAUCAUGAUCACGAUAAUCAUAAUCAUGUGCAUACCUCAAGUUUACAAUUAAUUAAUCCAACAAUAAUUACAUCAAUUAUUCAAUAUAUGGAAAAAAACAUAUUUAUUUGGAACCCUUUAUAUAAUUCAUUAAUUUCAACAACAAUUAUUCAAUUAUUACCAUUUAUCGCAAUUUGUAUCUUACCAAUUAAUAAAUUAAACAUUUAUUUAUUAAUUUCCUUUGCUUUAGGUACUUUGUUAGGUGAAAUUUUUUUACAUUUAAUUCCAGAAUCAAAUCCUGAUACAAUUGGUAUCGGAUUAUUUAUUGGCUUAAUAACUUUUUUAUCAAUUGAUAAGUUUAUUAGAAUUUUAUCUAUUAAUGGGAAAUCAACAGCUACACAAUCUCAUAGUCAUGGUCAUUCUCAUUCUCAUUCUCAUAUUGAACAAGAUGAAAAAGAAAAGGAUUCCUCUUCUACAAAUGGUACAUCAAUCUAUUUAUCGAUUAUUACUUCAUUAAUUCAUAAUAUUACUGAUGGAAUUACAAUUGCAACAUCUUUUUAUAAAUCUGUACCAAUUGGUACAAUUACAAUGAUUGCAUUUUUAUUUCAUGAAUUACCACAUCAAUUAAGUGAUUAUACAAUAAUAUCAAAAAAUUCAAUUAAAAAUGGUAAUGAAUCAAAAUUAUUUUUUUUCUAUAAAAGUGUAAUUUGGUCAUUAUUAGGUUCAUGGAUUGGUACUUUAUUAAGUGGAUUUAUUAAUCAAGGAAUUUAUCAAUAUUCUAAUAAGAUUGAAGAUUAUUUAGUCCCAUUUAGUGCAGGUGGUUUAAUUUAUAUUGCUUCAAUUAAUUUAUUACCUGAGAUUUUAAAUUUUCCAGAAGGUAAGACGAAAUUUCAAUUAUUGAUCUUAUGGAGUCAACAAUUAAUUUCAAUUAUUCUAGGUUAUUAUAUAAUGGCUCUAAUGGCAGAAUAA